ACGGGCCAAUUGUAGUGGUUUUUACUGAAUAAAUAAUAAUUACGUAGUUUACGUAAAAUAAAUAUUAUAAAGUGGACGAAAACUAUGCUGGUGGUGUUGUUAGUGUGAUAGUGUCAAUUAUUUAUUGCAUACUUAAGUGGUUGAAAUGGAUCCCUUCACUCAGCGUAUGUUAGAACGAGCAAGAGCGAGACAGGAGAAAAUUGACCAAAAACUAGCAAAUUCUGGACAAGUCCCCAAACGAAAGCCACUAACUGAGAAUAUUCUUAAGAAAGACAAUUCGCCUUCUAAAUCGCCAGCAAAGGCGGUUAAAGACUCUGUUGUGUCUCCGCGAAAAUCUCUAAAGUCUGAUUUGCCAGCUAAACCCUUAACUCGGCGCGCUAGUGGUCAAAAGGACCAACUUGUAUUGACAACGCCUCAAAAGUCCAGAAAUGACGUAGUUGUGACCAAGCGAGAAUUCAGGAGUCCUAAAACGAGUGUUAACCGACGUAAUUCAGAUGUUUCUGUGGAGAUAAACAUCAGUCAUCGGAAUGAUAUCCAGAUUGAAGUACAGGUGGAAGAAAGAGAUGCCCCAAUAAGCAUUUCUUAUGACCGUGGUGACGGCAGCAGUAAUGUUAUUGUAGAGGAAAUUGAAGACAAUACAUCCAAAGCAAUCAUGGACAAGGCAGCUGAGGAGGACAACAAGAGUGACCGCGGAGGCAUACGCACAAACAUGAAGUCUCGUCUGGACAGGCUGGGAAACUUGUACUCAGAUAAGCCGACCCUCUCAUCGCCGAUACACCGCACCGAGCAGCAGUUCAGGUCAGAGACUCCACCCACCGAGGUCAAGGAGGUCAAGACGGGCGGCAAGAAGAAAUUCGGGAGGCUAGCUGCCCUGGCCGACCAGAUUAAUAACUGGGAGGAUGACCCGACGCACCAUAGCUUCCAUCCCGAACCUCAAAAGAAGCAGCCUGAAAGAAAGUACGGGUCGAAAGUUGAACCUAAAUCAGGUCACGACAAGGACGCCUCCACAUUAGACGUGUCAAUACACUCCAUCAAGGAUAUCAACAAAGUUCUACAGUCUAACACGACGAAGGCUACACAGCCUUCAAAAACCAACACCAACACGUUUACAAAGCCUUCGAACGAGUGUCAGCGUUUGAAGAAAAAAAUAGUUGCUGAACUGGAGCCGAAGCGCGCGCCGGCAACCCCCAGUGCAACUGCAGCCCCCAACAUGGCUACAAUGGUCGCGAACUCGCCACCGGCCAACACCGUCACGAAAAAACCUUCCAUCAAGAAGUACAGAGCUCCGACGCCUCCCAGCAAGCAGGAUGAAUGUGACAGUGAUAAAGACAAAGAGAAUAAUAUCGUGGAGAGAGAGGAGAAUGACAAUGCGAGUGAUUGUGUACAAACAAAGCCGGAGAUCCCUGACAAACCGGUGAUCGCGUCGCCGCUCAAAAAAUUAGCUCCCAAAUUGAACGGAAAUGUUGAUAGAAGUUCUGUGCUGUCGAAAGCGGCUAUGUUUGAAGCUGGUAGUCCGAGGGCUAAGGACCCGGCUGAGAUGUCGCUAAGGGAACGGAAAGCGCUGUUCGAGAAAAACAAGGGUGUAGCGAUUGUCCCUAAAGCGCCCUUUGGUAUGGCCCCCUCCGUCAAAACACUGCACGGCGAGAAAGAAAAGCCACACAAACCGGUGCAAACCAGUACGAAAUCCACACCGACGAGAUCGAAUAAUAGUUCUUCAAGCAAUUCUAGAACUAAUUCCAAAGAGGCCAUAUCUGAAGACAGUGUCAGUCAAAGUUCCGUGGGUGGAGGGAUAAAAGAUAAACUGGCGGCGCUGUUUAGCAAGGAGCAGACUAUAAGCGAGUCGACGAUAGCGAAUAAGUUCAAACAAGAGAGGGAGAGAGAGAUGGAGAUGUUGCAGAGUAGAUUCCAUUACAAGCCUAAACAACGGAAAUCUGACGAGCACCACAGUGAUUCUGACGAUGACGAAGAACAUGACCCCUCAGAGAAGGUGCCUCUCAUGGGUAGUACCACCAGCCUGUCUCUCGCUAGCAAAAAGCCGGAAAUCAUAUCCAACAUACCCAAAGUACAUGAAGGACAAAAGGAGGUUAAAGACUCUUUGAAGAGAGAAGCUGAACAGGACAACGUUGUUGGCUCACAACCGGUCAAGAGAAGAAGCUCACAAUCCCAAGACUCUCCAGUAGUCCUAUCAGUAUUAGAGGAUGUCAAAAGGAUAAAAGUCAAUAACAACAAAAAGGAACCACAAACUAACGGAGCAGUUUUGCAACAGCCCACAAGUCUGUACCCGCAUUUAUCUGAUAUUGAAACGGACACGUCGAACACUCAAGAGGAAUACUCCGACUGUGGAGGCUCAAGUGAGAACCUGAAGGACAAUCUAAAUAAAUCUGACAACUGGGCCGAAACUUCGUUUGGACGAGAAGUCAUGAACGUGGUAAAGAAGAACAACACGAGCUACAAGAAAGCUGUCAGAGAGUGCGACAGCGACAGCUCGGCGAGUGCUUGCGACAGCGAGCUGGACGACAUGCUGGACGAGGCUCUCAACGACAGCGAGGGCCCCACGCCGCCCAAACUGAACAAGAACGGAAGCCUAUCAUCGACAAGCUUCGUGUACCAAAAGUCGCAGUUCAAAUCUCCGCUGAAGACGCAGCCGGCGACGCCCGCGCGGGACCGCGGCGCGGAACUAGUGCACAGCGUCAGCUUCUACCGGAGGAUGCAGGCGUCAUCGACGCCCACCACCCCGAUGCGUGUAGUGCGCCACCAUUCUCCAGAACGCGAGAUCCCGCCCACCCCGGAACCAGCGGCCCAGGUCACAACAGUACGACAGAGAAUCAAGGAACUACAAGCGGAGAUUACUAAACAACAGACCAUCAUAUCACAGGCCAGCCAAGCUCUGAACUUAUGCGCCGCUACGAUAGAGUUCAGCGGCUCCACGGAACAAGCGGAGGGAGAAAGGCUGCUUCUGUUAGCCACUCAUCGCCGGCAAGCGUGCGUGCAAGAAGUACAGAGGCUGCAGGUGGAAGGCGCCGGCCCCGCCGCCACGCAGGGCAUGGCCUCGCUGCACAUCAACAGCGUCUCCGUGCCGCUGAGGAGGGACUACGUGAGGCAGCUCAACGCAGAUGGCGCCGUAGGACACCACGCAGUUUGUCUUUUAAAAUGUCGCGACCGCGUUUUGGCGAGCAGCAUGCAACUCACUCAGCCAUCGUCAGCGCUGCUUCACUUCCCAGAUGAGAUACAAAUGGACGGACUCACUAGCGACUUCAAGGUCACUGUUGAAGUUUAUUUGUUGCAAGCGUCAAAAGAAAUUCUCCCGCAUGAAGUCAAGUACCACAUCACGAAUAAAAAGUCCAGCAAGCUGCUGACGCCGCGCCGGGCGGCGCCGCUGAAGGCGCCGCGCGCGGAGUCCCCGGGCGGGCCGCGCGCCGUGCGCUCGCCGCACUUCUCGCUGCACGGCUACUGCAUCUUCGCGUUGCAGCAUUCCUCGCGCAAAUCAUUCACUUUGAGCAAGGUGCCCUGUGGCAGUCCCCUAGAAGGAUCAGUUCAAAUAUCAAUGCGGGCUCGUCUGCUCGUCUCCCCCCCGGAGCCGCACGCGGCUUUCCUCACGGCCUUCGACGAUGUAUCAGGUCUGGGAGCUUGGCAUCGACGCUGGUUCAAACUUCAAGCACCCCAAUUGGCAUAUUGGAAGUAUCCGGAAGACGUCCAGCGUAAGCUACCGAUCGGCGACAUAGACCUAACAACGGUGACGUCAGAGAAGGCCGUGCGCGCCCCGCGCGACCUCUGCGCCCGGCCGAACACGAUCCUUCUGGAAACUUCCGUGCCCGCCGGGCUCAUAGUCCCGGACUCCGGGUCGUUGGUCUACUUCAGAAGGGAAGACGGCUCCGUGAUCAGGAGGCAUCUGUUGGCGGCCGACACGCCUAAGGAUAGGGAUGUGUGGUUGGAUUGUUUGAACAGAGCAUUGGAGUUUGUUAGGUGUUCCACGACGGAUGAUGAGAAAUGAUUUUGACAGUGCGAUGUUGCCUUUAGAUGUCCAAGCGACAGUUGAUUUUGGAUGUUGGUAAUGGUCGUUUGGAGAUCUUAAAAUGUACGCAUUUGUUUUUAACUUGAAUUGUGGUUUCAUUUUUAAGUUACUUGACAUUGAGGCAAAAUGAUGUUUUAAAAAAGAAGACUUAAAUUGAAGGUAACUUAUAUUUGUCUUAUUGUGUCGGUCGGUGGUUAAUUUUGUUGUUUAACUUUUUCUUGCAACUUCAUUAGCAUUAAAAUGAGAAUUUUGUGUUCUUAUUGGAAAUUGGUAAAAUGGUCUCUUAGCGUAUCACUACACUCGCAAAGGAAAAUAUAAACUAUAAAUUUCAACUUCCCACUCUUUGUAGUUUCGGCUGUACGUUGUCUGUCAAUGGACAUACCUUAAACAGUUGAAUCAUUUCAACUGACAAAGCAUAUAGUAGUGUAUUUUGAAGACUUAAAAAAAUAUCCGUAUUUUGACAUUGCUUACAAAAAUUAUGUAAAAUACUUAUAUUUAUGUGUAUUUGUUUAUCUUUUCUUACUUAUAUUUAUGUAUUUGAUUCAAAUGGCAGCGCCAAAAAUUUAAAUGACUUGUGGGUAUUACAUUACACACGCAAUAUUUCCCUUCAUUUUAACGUAUGUUCAACUUAUAUUUAAUCUAAUAGUUAUAAAUAAAUCGUCUUUCACUUGAUCUAAUUCAGUCAUCCUUAAUGAUUCGGAAACUAAUUCAGAAAAGUCAUGUUUCAUCACUCGUCUGAUUACUGAAUCAUAGUCUGAAUUUAGUCAUGUGUAAUACGCGCCUUCAUAUCGUUAUAUAUCCAUUCGCCUGUGACGUCAAAGAUCCGUCUAUGCAUGUCUGAAUUCAACUUGAAAACCGCAGUUUGGUUUUCAUUAUAUCAUUAGUAUGUAAUUGACACAUUAGAAUUGACAGGGCACAAAUUGUGCUUUAAAAUUUUAGCUGUAAUAUUGUACUGAUACUAACAUAGGAUAGAUUCCCUGUAUCGAUUAAAACUUCUUUAGUACUACCACGUUUCUAAGUCGGCAUUAUUCGGCACAGAAUAGCGCAACCUACCGCCGAAUCAAACCGCAUCGAAACUCAAUGAAAUUACGACCUUAUUACAAGUACAUUAAACUUAAAAUCUAAAAACAAUGUCUCCUGUUGUCUCGCUCAAAGAAGUAGUAGUACAAUAGCGGGAAGUUCGGUUGGCGGGUUCAAAUAGCGCGCUCUGAUAGGCUCAACCGUUCAAAUUCACGCGCAAGAUUUUCGCGCCAUAAAAAGACUUCAGCGCAGCUGUGUCAGUUUAAUUUUUAAAAGUGGUAAUACUGUAGUUGCUAUAUUAUAUCACAUUUAUUUUUAAGUUUAAUUUAAAAAACAAUCAUUUUGAUGAAUUUUUCGGACAAUGUUCGAACGAUUAUUUGUUUAGAAAUAUUUGGUAAGAAGUUUUAAAUAAAACAUAUGGUUGAUGCUUUGGACGA